GGGUGAGCGGUGGGAGUGGUCCGGCCCGGGUGUUCCGGCCGCCCGGUCCUCUCCACUGAACUCCAACCCCCGCGCUCUCUAUCAGCAUCUCAUUCCUGUCUCAAUAUGUCUCAAGAUGGCGGCCAAUGCAGGAUCGAUGUUUCAAUAUUGGAAGCGCUUUGACUUACAACAACUACAGAAAGAACUAGACGCCACCGCCACACAGCUUGCCAACAGACAGGACGAGAGCGAACAGUCCAGGAAGAAGCUGAUCGACCUGAGCCGCGAGUUCAAGAAGAACACACCAGAGGAUUUACGGAAACAGGUCGCCCCCUUGCUCAAGAGCUUCCAAGGAGAGAUCGAUGCCUUGAGUAAGAGAAGUAAAGAAGCAGAGGCCGCCUUCUUGAACGUCUACAAGAAAAUAAUCGAUGUCCCAGAUCCUGUACCUGUGCUGGAGCUGGCUCAGCAGCUGCAGCUGAAGCUCCAGAGGAUGCACGACAUUGAGACUGAGAACACCAAACUUCGAGAGACACUGGAGGACUACAACAAAGAGUUUGCAGAUGUCAAAAACCAAGAGGUCACCAUCAAGGCCCUGAAGGAGAAGAUCCGAGAGUACGAGCAGUCUCUGAAGAAUCAAGCCGAGGACCUGGCCCAAGAAAAGCAGCUCCAGCUACACAACGACUAUGCAGAGAAGGAGAGGAAACUCCAGGAGAGCCAGGACUCCAUGUCCUCGAGGGUGGAAGAGGCUGAACAUAAGGCCCAGUCCCUACAGACAGCACUUGAAACAACUCAGGCCGAGCUCUUUGAUUUGAAGACAAAGUAUGACGAGGAAUCCACAGCAAAGGCCGAUGAGAUUGAGAUGGUGAUGACAGACCUGGAAAGAGCCAAUCAGCGGGCAGAGGGUUCUCAGAGGGAGGCGGAGUCUCUCAGAGAUCAGUUGUCCUUGAGUAACCAAUCCCAGCAGCUCGGCAGCCCGGCCAAGGCCGACCCCGACACGGAACAGGUGGCGGAGGUGGCAUCCCACUCAAGUCUGGAGGCGGAGCUCAGAGCCAAAGAAAGGGAGACCGCCCAGCUGGUGGAGGACGUCCAGAGACUGCAGGCCAGCCUGACCAAACUCCGAGAGACCACCAGCUCCCAGAUCACACAGCUAGAGCAGCAGCUCAGCAGCAAGACUGCCGUUCUCAAGGAACUGGAGGAGAAACUGCUGAAGCAAGUUGACUAUGAGGAGGUGAAGAAGGAGCUGAGUAUCCUCAAGUCUAUGGAGUUUGGAACAUCUGACUCUGUUCAGGACUCAUCCAAACCUCUGGAGGUGCUGUUGCUGGAGAGGAACCGUAGUCUUCAAUCUGAGAGCGCCGCUCUGCGCAUUGCAAACACUGAGCUCAGCGGGUCAGCCGGGGGAAAAGGGACAGAAGAGUUCUCAACGAAGAAGGAGAUCAUGCCCAGCGAUCCCUCUUCCUCGCCCCCUCCCUCUCUUCCUUCCUCCUCCCAGCUCCCACUGUCUCGCACUCACACGGACCCCCUCAACAAUGCCACCACCACCAGCAGUGGCGAAACACACCCUUUCACUCCUACGGGCAUUGGACAGGACUUCUUCUCCCCUGUGUUCCCUAUGGUGGGUGGUAAGAUGGCUUUGAACUCCCUGAUCCAGCGGCAGCUCCUCCAGACCUUCUACUCCAAAGCCUUGCAGGAGUCGUCUGGAAUCCCCAGUGGGGCUCUACUGUUCACCCCCUUUACGCCAACCCUCAGCUCCAUCCCUACCUCCACCCCUGGAUCUGGGUCUGCUGCCAUCCCUCUGGCAGCCAGCAGCCCCCAACCACCGCCAGCCAGCCCAGAUAUGGCUCCCGUUAAUGGGAGCAGCACCGCUGGCAGCGCCCCGUCCCCAUCGCCCAGCCACUCAGACGCCACCACGGGGAGUGUUUUGGACGGGGAGGACAUGGACACAGGAGAGAUUGCCCGACAGGUGAAAGAGCAACUGAUCAAGCACAACAUCGGCCAGCGCGUGUUUGGCCACUAUGUGCUAGGACUGUCUCAGGGUUCGGUCAGUGAGAUUCUGGCCAGACCAAAGCCGUGGAACAAGCUAACCAUCCGGGGGAAGGAGCCAUUCCACAAGAUGAGGCAGUUCCUCGCCGAUGAGCAGAACAUCCUCGCACUGCGCAGCAUCCAGGGACGGCAGAGAGGUAACAUUACUUCCCGCGUCCGCACCCCAGAGGCAGGUUCAGACGAGGCUAUCAAGUCCAUUCUGGAGCAGGCGAAAAGAGAGCUGCAGGUGCAGAAAGCUGACUUGUCCCAUGUUCCGCCAUCAUAUACAGGACUGAAAGGAGGGGGCAGAGUAGGUAGUGUGGGGGGAAGCGGUUCAGACGAAGCCAUCCGCUCCAUCCUAGAGCAAGCUCGCCGAGAGAUGGAGGCCCAGCAGGCGUCACUGGAGCCCCUCCUCAAGGCCUCGUCUUCCUCCUCCUCAGGAUUGCUAUCUCAGAGGGACCUCCUGAACUCUUCGCUCUCGGCCCCCCUGCCCCCUUACAACCCCCUGGCACUUUCCUUCAAGAAGACCCCCUGCUCCCUCUUGUCCUCGCCCUCAUCCCCGUCUCCAAUCCUCGACUUCAGCUCCAGCGUGAAGAGAGAGGGCAGGGGCUCUUCAGGGUACGACUUUUCUGCUGACGGAGCUCUCAGGCUGAGUCGUAGCAAUGAGAGCUCGGCCCGCUCCGGAAGCUCCGGGGGAGUGGGUUACUGGAGGGAGCAGUGGUGGAGCAACAUGCACACAGACCCCCGCAGGACCAUAUCGAACCAGACAGGAGAGGAGAACCACAACCAGGAAGACUCCAAAGAGGGAAUAUUGAGUGACAGCCUGUCUCGGCACAAACCGUGGAACAAGUUGAACCAGAGGAGCAGAGAGCCAUACCUCCGCAUGCAGCCAUGGCUCAAUGGAGAUCAGGGGCAAAACACACACAUCCAGCCUGCUCAGAACCAAGCAGAGGGUACUCCCAAGACAUCAGCGAGCUGCAGCCCUGCUCCAGAGUCGCCCCUCAGUUCAACUGAAGAGUCUGUCAACGGUCUCGCCGGGGAUCCACUCGCUUCACAGUCCUCCAGUCUCAAACCUCUGUCUGAGGAUCCCUCCGGUGGGGAGUCUCAGCCCGGCACCCCGCUGCCUGUACCUGGUCACUCAGGUCUCAGCAUCCAAGAGAUGGUGGCCAUGUCUCCUGAGCUUGAUACUUACGCCAUCACCAAGAAGGUUAAGGAGGUGUUGACUGAUAAUAACCUUGGCCAGCGUCUGUUUGGGGAGACUAUCCUGGGUCUGACUCAGGGUUCUGUCUCAGACCUGCUGGCCAGGCCCAAACCUUGGCACAAGCUCAGCCUGAAGGGCAGGGAGCCCUUUGUCCGCAUGCAGCUCUGGCUCCAGGACCCGCACAGUGUGGAGAAACUCAUGGACAUGAAGCGCCUGGAGAAGAAAGCCUACAUGAAGAGGCGGCUGAGCUCCCUGAGUGACAGCCAUUCUGUGGAAGGGGUCUUGGUGGGGACAGAUUACCUGCAGGGCUCCCAGAGCCCAGGGCAUCAGCAUUUGAAGAAGGCCAGGGUGGUGCUGGGCCCUGAGGAGAAGGAGGCCCUAAAAAGGGCGUACCAGCAGAAACCCUACCCCUCCCCCAAAACCAUUGAGGAGCUGGCCUCCCAGCUCAACCUGAAGACCAGUACAGUCAUCAACUGGUUCCAUAAUUACAGGUCCCGUAUCCGGCGAGAACUUUUCAUAGAGGAGAUCCAGGCAGCUGGAGGGGUAGUAGGAGGGCCUGGCAGCGAGGGGGGAUCUCCUUCCCUCCGUGGGUCCAAAUCAGGAGAAGGGGACAGCUGUGAUGGGACAGAAUCUGAGGGCACGGUGGAGAUUCGCCAGGGACUGGGGAUUGGACUGGAGGAUCACAGAGGAUCAUGCAAAGACCAUGAUAUGGAGGCUGAUUCUGAGGCAGGGGGCUCUAAUAACUCCCCUGCUCAGCUAGACUGCACCACCUCAGGCUUAGUCGGGCCGGGCUCCAGCUGUGGACUGGGGCUCUUCAGCCUCACAGAAGCGUCCUCCAGUAGCCAUGCCUCUAGUACAAACAUCCCAGCCUCUGGCCCUGCCAGAAACCCCAGGGACAACAAUCUGCGCAAGAAGAAAGCAGCCAAUCUCAAUAACAUCAUCCACAGGCUGGAGAAGGCUGCCAGCAAAGAGGAUCCCUCAGAGUGGGAGUUCUAGCUCCCCCUGACCAUCCUUCAUCCCUCUUGUUUCAUAACCUCACGACCUCUAACCUUGGACCCCUCCUGCUCUGUUCCAGUCGGAGAGUGGACACAGCCAAAGUCAAGCUCAGCAGCCAUUUUUAUUAAAUAGAAGCUUUCUCUAAAGAGGAAAGAAACAAAGAGUGGUUGGCAAAAACCUUAAAAAGAAGAUUUACUGAAUACCUAGAAGAACAAAAUAAGAGAACUUAAGUGUCUCUCCUUUUUUUUAAACUGAGUUUUGUUUUUGUACUGAGAAAAGCACUUAGCCCUCCUGCUGGCCUCCGGCCCUGCUGUACCUCCCCCUAUCACCAGCCACUGGUGCACCAGACUGGUUAGUCCUGAGCUGGGGUCUGACCCACAGCUGGGGUUGAAACCUGGACUCAGUAACACAGGCAAGGCCUGACACAGCAGCUGUCACAGUGAUAGACACUGAUAGAUGAUAGAUAGAGACAGGAACUCUCUUACAAGAACUCUCACUUUCUUAAAGGAGAUUUUUUCCGCUCUUCUUCUCACCUCCCAAGUGUCCACAAACCUCCCCUCACUCAGUGAGACGCCUCAUUUUUCACACUGUAGAGUGACUGUUACAAACCCUUUGCCUUUUUCACUCACUGCGUGUGUGUGUGCGUGUUUGUAUGUUAGGGGUUGUGUCAGUGUGCACCUGUGUGUGUGUGGGGUUGUGUGUGUCCACACCCUAAAAUGGUGUGUGUAUAUGUGUGUGUGUGUGUUCUCUUCUCAAUGGCAGCAUGUUUUCUUUUUUAUCUCACUCCUACACUCUUAAGAGGGUAGUGGAAGGCCUGCCGGCUGAGCUGCCAUGGUUACUGAUGUAAGAAAGAUGAACUUUGACCUGUUGUGUCCCAUAUCCUAUCCUGCUGACAGCCAUGUGAUGGCCAGAAGGAUCUAUAAUUCCUCACAAACACACGCACUCAUCUGAAGAAGAAGGAAGGAAGGAAGGAAGGAAGGAAGGAAGGAAGGAAGGAAGGAAGGAACCCUCUUUUUGCCUCCUCAAACCCUUCUUUCGAGGAUGAAGGAUGAUCUCUUUUUUUUAAAUAUUGCAAUUUGGUUGCCAAUAAGAGAUUGCAAAGUCUAUUGACUCUAAAGAGUACAAAAUAGGGAAUUUUAGAGGCAUUUUUAAUUAGUACAAAAUGAGAACAGAAAAUAAGAGAAUAACAAGUUACUGUUUUUAAAAGAGAAAAAAAAUACAAAUUAGAAUGGAUUAAUGUUGCAUUGUUGAAAUACGAUACAAUGAAUUUCACGUAGUACUGUAGCUGUCUGACAUGGUGAUACUUUGCGUGUCCUCGUUGUUUUAGGUUGUGCACGUCACAGCUUUGCCCAGCACUGGACCUGCUGGGUGUGUGUGAGAGUGUGUAUGUGUGUGUGUGUGAGCGUUCGUGUGUGUAUGUGCACCACCGACAAAUUUUCUCUGUUCACAAACACACAUCUUUUUAUAGGCCAAAUCAGGAAGAGUGUGUGCGCAUCUGUCCGUGUGUUAGUAUUUGUAUUUGCCUGCAUGAAAGUCAGGGUCGAGGUCAAUUCACUCAGAGUUAAAUUUGAGAAGUAAAUUAAUAAUAAUGAAAUUCAUGACUGAAAAAGAAAAGAAAAGAAAGACCAGACACAGUUUUAUGGAAAUGAAUUGCAAUGUACAGAACUUGAUGAAUCUGUAGUUUCUGUCGAUCGCUGUCGAAGUGAAUUCACCACAAUCCUGGUGCGAGCAGUGACCACUCUCCUCCAGUCUGAUCCUGGAUCCAGGGAUGUUAAGUCUUUUUGCAUUGAAUUCAACUGUAUACACUACAAAUUCUAAGGCAUAUCACCUCCUCCCUGCCCCACACAAGCCCUCAGUGCCUGUCAGCCCACUGCCUCCCCUUUGUGUGUGUUUGUGUGUGUGUGUGUGUGUGUGUGUGUAAGAAUGUGCGUCUGCGAGGGUGCAUGUACACGGAUGCUUGUCACGUGUACACAAGCGUGUGCGACUGCAGAGUGUCUCGUGUUUCCAAUGAGUGGGGUCAUAUUUCGUAUCUACUUGCACACACUACUAGUGCACAACUGACACCCUUCUUUAAGCUGUUUGAUGCGUUACCAUUACAUUAAUCUUAUCACAAAGUAGUGUAAUACUAUGAUUUACUGUAGCUUGGUUUUAUUGCUAUUUUGCAUUUAUAGUUUGGUUUUUAUUCUGCUUAUUUAUAGGUGCUGUAUUUUUCAUUUAAUGUCUUAUCAUUUGAGUUGUCUAUUUUUUAAGGGAUUAUACUGUUCCUGAGGGCAAGUAACAUUUUUAUUAGACGUAUAGACUGCCGGCAGUAUUGGUUAAUAUUUACAAAGAUGUACUAGUUCUCAUUUGUUUGUAUAUUCAUGAAUCCUAAAGUUUAGUGUCAUUUCAAUAGCUUUGAAAAAUGUGUUUGCUACAGUCCAUGCUCCCGUAAGCAUUAAGCUUUUACCACGACAGUUAUGCUCUUAAAUUGCUAGCUAGAGAAUCAAAGGACAUAUCAAGAUCAGUGGGUAUAUGAUGGCAUAUCUCUUUUCCUGUUUUCUAUUCUCCGAUCACGUUUGUUUUAACUUUUUAUUUGGCUGUUUCUUGGGCAAGCCCGACACUAACGCUCGGCAGGGCAUGCAGCUUUCUUUAAGAGUUCGACCGCGCGUUAAUCACAUCGACGUCACAAACAGGUCCAAGUCUGUACACUUUGUCCAACAGGUCAAAUGAAAUUAACCUAAACUUGAGUACGCGUGUUAAACUUGAAAGAGGUCAUAUCUGCCAAAUUGAGAUUAGAGAAGUGUACCAGCUGGCAGGUGUGCUACGCCAGAUUGAGGCGCGAUAGCAAGCCUAUGAUUAUGCAGAAUUUCUAUUGCAGUCCGUAACAAAGCACUUAUUAGGAUCUUUUUUGAAGACUUAACCGUGGACAGGGUCUGUAAACACUACAGCAGAGCGCGGUCCCGGGAUCCUGGGAAAUGUUUGCCUUUUUUAAAAAAGUGGUUGUGAACCAAGCACAGACUCUUAUCCGCAUCCGAACACUAAAAAAAAAAAGAAAUAUUCAAGCAUAAGAUCGCUGUCUCCCUGUUUUCUACACGAUGAACUGAAUACAGCUGCCCCCUCAUUUCAAACUAUAGACAGAAACUUUUGUCCUGUACACUUGUAGAUAUUAUGAGUUUUUAUCUCGGCCCAUCCUCAAACCUCCGCUUUCCCCGAAUCUAUAUCCAGAUAUAUUCAAGAGUAACUGAUAAUCUCAUUGCACUGUAUUAAGAUGCAUUUGUUAAAAUUGGAUUUUGUGAUGCAUCUAAUAAUUCCUAAAAACUCCUCAAACUUUGGCUCUUCUUGUGGACGACGGAUGUAAAACACGUCGGGUCUCCUUCAGAAUAACGAAGGCUCGGACGAGCUCGGACUGGACAACCACAGUAUGUUUUAUGGUGAUGAAUAGCUCCUGUAAAGUAAAAGCACUUAACCCCUCAGCCAUUUUAUAGUCAGAUCCAUCAACUCACCUAAACCACGUGAGAUCAUCAGAUUUGUGCCUUUAACUGCCAAGCAGGGCACCAAACUUGUGAUGUCAUUAGAUGUAGACGACUUCGCCUGAUUUCUUCAUAACUCGUCCUGAUCCGAAAUUCAUUUCUCGCACACUUCGUAGUGGUACUUAAAAGUUAACUUUUCCUCAGCCCUCCGCAGAGGGUUGUAUAUAAUUGCUGGAGUGCAGUGAAACCGUUUAAAAAAAAAAAAAAAGAGUAAAAACAAGCUCGUGUAUUCUUAUGACUGACCUGCAGACGCGUUCCGGUCCGGGUCUUAUUUCAGACAGUUGUUUUCCCACAAUGCAUUUCUCACGUUGUACAUAACCUAACUAGCGGCGAGGAAAGGCCAGAGCAUCGAAUGAAGGAGGAAGCAUGCAGAAACAGCGUACACUGUAAUAACACUGAAUUUAUUUCAUAGGGCAUUUUGUAUUUUUCUGUUUGUGUCAGGUUUGCUGUGACAUUAAUAACGGCACUACAGGUAUUGAUAAUGACGUGUGCCAAUUCUAAUGGUUAUUUGGAAAAGAGACGUGUAAAUACGGUCGAUCAAGUAGCUAUUGAUUCACUAUUGUCACAGUAUGCUUUUUGUUCGAAGGCAGGAGGAGAGAAGGGACGAUUCAGGACUUUUCCAUGAUCCACAGAUAUUUUUCUACAAAUUUAAAUCAGAUGAUUCUAUACACUGUUGAAUAACAUUGUAAAGGUGUAACAGAUGCUGUAUAUCAUAUCAUGUUUUCUGAAGUCGUAAAGCUUUACUGUAUGAUCUGUUGAAGUAGUGGUUAUUCAUUUGACAUAUUAGUUGUAAUGGAAGCCCGAACAGCAGCACUGGUCACCAUAUUCAGGAAAAAAAAAAUGAAAGAAAAGAAAAAAAAACCUCAGAUGUUUUUUGUAAUACUUUUAGAAUAUAUCUUAUGAAGUGGGUUUUGUAAGGAAACACUUUCCAAAUCAGUGGUGCUGUAUGCAUAGCACACUCAGUAAUACAUACACACACAACACAGCACAAUACACUCAUCCUCUAACCCCCCCCCCCACCCAAUUCUCCACUUUACUCACAUGCUUUUGUUUUCCCCCCCCCGCUCACCUUUAACAUUGUCUCCGGCUGAAUUUUUUAAGUCUUAAACCAUUUCCCUCGUCUUUCUCCCCCCCCCAUCGACUAUACAACGUUCGACUCUGGAACGAUUAAAACAUUUCAGCGAAAAAAACUCGUAAGACUUUAAAAAGAAAAGAAGAAAAAAAAAAGAGGAAGCAAAAAGCCAAAUGGUGAAAUAGUUCUCCACCUCUGUCGAAAGGUUGCUGACAGUUUUUCUCUCUGUUUGUUGCUACCUAGUGUCGUCGCUUCAGUUCACCCCGUAGCUUAAACCACAGUGUAGUCUGACAACCAAAUGACCCGGGGAGAUCUUCAUCCCCCCCCCACACCCCCUGUUUGGAAAGCUUUAAGACGCUUGUUGAGGCUUUAUCAAGUUCAGAGUGUUUGACGAUGAUAUUUCACAGCUUAUCAUCACCAAUGUGGAAGUAAUAAUUCUCGUAAUAACCUGUCCCACUGCUUAUUUUUGUGAGUGUGUGCGCGUACGUGUGUGUUGUAGUACAAAAGGCUGCAUGACUGUAAAGGGAUGGUUAAAGAUGUUGUUUUUUUAUUUUAAAUGUUGUUUCCUGAGCACUUCUGUCACUCCUGAGAUGCUUCUUUUUGUUGUCCUUCGGGGUUCUCCCUUCCUUUUGUUUCCCCCUCAUGUAUCAUCGUUUUCUUUAUCUUUCUAUUUACUAAACGUAUCAUGUUGUCUGUUCUCAGCACUGUAAAACAGUCCCUUCUACAACAUUGAAAAGCAAUAUCACUGUAUGAAACGUUCACAAUGUAUUUGUUAUGAUUGACAUUUGAUUCAUCAUCAUUAUUAUUCACAUGCACCCUAGGUGUGAUAAUUGAAGUAAAUCUCUUUUAUACAAAUACUAAAA